CGCAGCAACUCUACGCCGUCCCCAAAUCUCUCUCUCUCUCUCUCUCUCUCUCUCUCUCUCUCUCCGACACUUGUUUGACCCUUCUACUUCCUCUGGGGCCAUUCGUCGAGCACCUGGUGGGCAAGGGCGCGCACGGCGCGAGCACAUGGAGCCCCUCGGCGGCGGAGGCGGAGGCGGAGGCGGAGAGAGGGCGGCGGUGGUGCGGCGGCUGAUGGCGGCGAAGGCGGCGGCGGGGAAGAGCUACGCGGAGAUCGCGGCGGAGACGGGGCUCACCAACGUGUACGUGGCGCAGCUCCUCCGCCGCCAAGCCCAGCUCAAGCCCGACACCGCCCCCGCCCUCCGCCGCUCCCUCCCCGCCCUCUCCGACGACCUCCUCGACCUCAUGAUGGCCCCGCCCUUCCGAUCCUACCACCCCGACAUCCUCCAGGAGCCCGCCAUCUACCGGAUAAAUGAAGCUGUUAUGCAUUUUGGAGAGAGCAUCAAAGAAAUCAUCAAUGAGGAGUUUGGUGAUGGCAUUAUGUCGGCCAUAGAUUUCUACUGCUCAGUUGACAAGGUUCAAGGUGUUGACGGAAAGGACCGUGUGGUCAUUACAUUUGAUGGCAAGUAUCUGCCUUACAGCGAGCAGAGGUCGGAGCAUAUGGUUUCACGAUUGAGGCAUCAAGCCUCAUGAACCGAUGAGCACCUGGAGCAUAGCGAAUGCCGUCUAAUGCUUGUAUCUGUUUUAAGUGUCUAUGUAGGAGAUGAUUCAGAUAAAAAGUCGUGAAUAUAGUUAUCAAGCAGUGAACAAUUUCAUAUAUAGAGCUAUUUGAACAGUUUAUAAUUUUAUACAGCCUGUAUGAAACUAUGGUAAUUGUCAAUGAAAUGUAAAACUUUCGGAUAUGUUAUUAAACUAUGUCCAUUGCUCUUUCGGAGCUUU